AUGGUGAAUCUGCCUGACGGGGUUGUGAUUGAUCAUGCCAAUGGUCAUAUGUACUGGACCAACAUGGGAUCUAGCUUGAAGUCCAAUGAUGGUUCAAUCGAGCGCGCCAACUUGGAUGGGUCGAACCGACAAAGCAUUGUAUCGGCAGGUACCGUUGGUGUCUUCACGCCGAAGCAAAUCACUAUCGCCAAGCAAAGCAAGAAGCUGUACUGGUGCGAUCGUGAGGGAAUGAAGGUCAUGCGGGCCAAUUUCGAUGGCUCUGAUGUCGAGGUCCUCGUCUCAACUGGCAACACUGAUGAAGAGAGAGUGGAUCAAAGAAGGUGGUGCGUUGGUGUUACUGUUGACGAACAGCAAAACGCCUUCUAUUGGACACAGAAAGGGCCAUCCAAGGGCAACCAAGGGCGGAUUUUCCGCGCGCCUAUACAUGCCUCUUUCGAAGACCGAUUCCAUCAAAUUGAGACGGUAGUCGGCGGGCUUCCCGAGCCAAUUGAUCUUGACAUCGACGAGGAAAAUGGCGUGAUAUAUUGGACAGAUCGUGGAGAUCCUCCUGCUGGAAAUACUCUGAAUCGAGCCAUGAUUCCUAGUGGUGAGAAACAGGAAACUCUGGCAGUACGAUUACACGAAGCGAUUGGUUUAUCGUUGGACCAGCUGGCGGGAGUGGCCUACGUGACAGACCUUGCUGGCGGCGUCUACUCCGUUAAUACGAAAACUCACAAGAAGACUGUGUUAUUUUCCGAGUUGGGUGACAUUACGGGCAUCGCUCUAGUAUAA